ACUCCGCGGAAGUGGGAGCGGGUACCUGUCAAAUUCAGGUCUGCAGUCUUACUCUGGUCAUUCCCUGCACUGUGUCCGCAGUCUCUGGUCAUCCCCCUGCACUGUGUCCGCAGUCUCUGGUCAUCCCCCUGCACUGUGUCCGCAGUCUCUGGUCAUACCCCUGCACUGUGUCCGCAGUCUCUGGUCAUCCCCUGCACUGUGUCCGCAGUCUCUGGUCAUCCCCUGCACUGUGUCCGCAGUCUCUGGUCAUCCCCUGCACUGUGUCCGCAGUUCUCUGGUCAUCUCCUGUACUGUGUCCGCAGUCUCUGGUCAUCCCCUGUACUGUGUCCGCAGUCUCUGGUCAUCUCCUGUACUGUGUCCGCAGUCUCUGGUCAUCUCCUGUACUGUGUCCGCAGUCUCUGGUCAUCUCUUGUACUAUGUCUGCAGUCUCUGGUCAUCUCCUGUACUGUGUCCGCAGUCUCUGGUCAUCUCCUGUACUGUGUCCGCAGUCUCUGGUCAUCCCUGCACUGUGUCCGCAGUCUCUGGUCAUCUCCUGUACUGUGUCCGCAGUCUCUGGUCAUCCCC